GUCUGUCCUCCCUCGUAAUCAAUUCUUAGGGUUUUCUAGGGUUUUUAGUUCUUCUCUACACUUGGUUGGAAGUGCCCUUCCUCUCAUUCUUCCUGCUUUACUACAGCUUGACUCGAAAGGAUGUUCACGGCGAGGAAGAAGAUCCAUAAGGAUAAUGAUGUCGAGCCCUCAGAAUUUGAGGAAACUGUUGCCCAGGCAUUGUUUGAUUUGGAAAACACCAACUCUGAGCUUAAAAGUGACUUGAAGGAUCUUUACAUUAAUUCUGCAAUUCAAGUUGAUGUUUCUGGAAACCGCAAGGCAGUUGUGGUCUAUGUCCCAUACAGAUUGAGGAAGGCUUUCCGUAAGAUUCACCUGCGGCUCGUGAGAGAGCUUGAAAAGAAAUUCAGUGGCAAGGAUGUAAUUCUGAUUGCUACUAGGAGGAUUUUGAGACCUCCAAAGAAAGGAUCAGCAGCCCAAAGGCCCCGCACCCGUACUCUCACUUCUGUUCACGAGGCUAUGCUUGAGGAUGUUGUAUUGCCUGCUGAGAUUGUUGGAAAGCGUGUUAGAUACAAAGUUGAUGGAUCAAAGAUCAUGAAGGUGUUCUUGGACCCUAAAGAACGUAACAACACCGAGUACAAAUUGGAGAGCUUUGCUGCCGUUUACAGGAAACUUUCUGGAAAAGACGUCGUAUUCGAAUAUCCAAUUACUGAGGCUUAAAUACCCUAUGUGUUGCAUACACUUCCUCUAAUGUUUAUUUAUGAUAGGGUUGCAAUCAGGUGGGAGCUUUUCAAUUUUGAUUUCAAGUAAUAGAUUUUGAGACUUCUCGUUUUUUUGAAUCUGUGAUCUUGAACCAUACUCUUUUAUCACAUUUGAUUAAUUUUCCAGUUUUAGUCA